GGACGAUGCUUCUCACCUGGAUGUGGCUGCCUAUUCUGGGGCUCCUGGCAGGCCAGGGGGAGGCCCAGAGCUGCAGACCGGACCUGAUAGGCGUCGUUACAAACGUGGCCAAAGGACGUCCAGCUUUCCAGUCUUCCACCUUUCCAAGCCAGUUCAAUUCAGUUGCAAGCAAAGCCGUGGAUGGGAACUGUAAUGGACGCUGGAUUGGGCAGAACACCUGCACCCACACGAAGCAAGAAAGGGGGCCCUGGUGGUACGUGGACCUGGGUAGACGGUAUGCCAUUUCUUCCGUGGUGGUGAAAAACCGUGAGGACUGCUGCGGAGAAAGGCUCCAGGGAGCAGAGAUCCGUGUGGGAAACUUUGUGAGCAACCACGGAAAAAACAAUCCUCUCUGUGGGAGAAUCACCGACACCCGUCUGGGCUCCAUCAACACCAUCUCCUGCGACGGUCGUGUGGGACGCUAUGUCACCGUCACCGUUCCUGGCCGCACAGUAUCCCUGGCACUGUGCGAGGUGGAAGUCUACGGGACCAGGGUGUGUAGCCAGGAGACUUGCGUGUCAGGACAGGGACAAGGAUAAUGGAUAACUCAAGUCAAUCUUGAUUCUCUUAAAUAAACCUACUCUGAGCAA